CCAUUCAUCAGCCUAGGACGUCCAAGGAGCGAAAACCUGCCCACUCCAUCCAUGUGACUCUCAUCUCCCUCUGGGGAGGGGGAUAGCAUAGGGCGGGUCUGGAAAGCUGGGAUACAUCAUUCUGGCCUCCGUACCCCUCCCUUCCUCAGUCCAUUGGGAGGCAGAAGACAGGAAAUGACUGCCAUGAAUGUGGUAUGAUUUUUUACUGAAACAGCAUUUUGUAGCCCAGGCCCCAUGCUGUCCACAGCUGUUUUUCUCUCUGAUACCAGCCAGGUGGCCCCGUCCUUUGUGUUCCCCUUCACCCCCUCACAUGACUUCAGCCUUUGGAUUCUCAGCUCCUGGCUGCUUUCCACAUUCCACUGCUCUUUCAGAACCCAGGCAUCCUGGCCUCCAGCUGAAACCGCUGCAUGUGGCUUCCCCCACCCCUGGCCCCGUGACUCAGGCCCUCUGAAGGGACCAGCCCUCUUCUUGGCACUCACUGGGGAGGGGGGCAGGGGAAGGGGGGCCAGGUGGUGACAUCACAGUUGAGGGGUAUAAAAGCUUUGAGCCGAAACAGAAUUGAAAUUGAAGACACUGAGAAAACCUGACUGCGCAGCCUGUGCUCCUGGGGACCUCUUAGGACCCCCGGCCUGCUACUCACUGCAUCAAGGCCUACCCACUGACCCCAUGCCGGGAAAUCCCCGCCUUCUGUGGCUCCUGGCUGUCACCUUCUCCUUGGUUCCCAGAGCGCAGCCCUUGGCGGGAGACGCGGAAGAAGAGGAGCAAGAUGAGACACCUCUGCCGGCUGUCCCCUGCGACUACGACCGCUGCCGCCACCUGCAGGUGCCCUGCCAGGAGCUGCAGAGGGCCGGCCCGACGACGUGCCUGUGCCCUGGCCUCUCCAGCGCCACACAGCCGCCCGACCCGCCACGCCUGGGGGAAGUGCGCAUGGAGGCCGAGGCGGGCCGCGCCGUGGUGCACUGGUGCGCCCCCUUCUCCCCGGUCCACCAGUACUGGCUGCUGCUUUGGGAAGGCGCCGGGGCUCCGCAGAAGGGGCCUCCCCUCAACUCGACGGUCCGCCGAGCGGAGCUGAAGGGCCUGAAGCCCGGGGGCGCAUACGUCGUCUGCGUGGUGGCCGCCAACGCGGCCGGGGAGAGCAGCGUGCCCGGGGCCGAGGGCCUCGACGGCGCGGGCGGCCCCGCCUUCGGGCCCUGCGGCCGGCUGACUGUGCUGCCGAGGCCACUCACGCUGCUGCACGGGGCCGUGGGCGUGGGCUCGGCGCUGGCCCUGCUCAGCUGCUCCGCCCUGGUGUGGCACUUCUGCCUGCGCGAGCGCUGGGGCUGCCCCCGCCGAGGCCGCCCGAGCGGCGCGGGACUCUGA